AUGAGUGUAUUGGAAGAGUUGGCGUUUGCGGCGGCGGAGGAGCUGGAAUUGUCCGCUGAUCAAAUUAGAGUCAACGAUCAGUUGCAGGAGGAUGAGUUGCUUGCAAUGGAGUCUAUCUAUGGAGAAAAUGUCAUCAUUCUGGACAGGCAGAGAGGCUUGAGAACUUUCCAGGUUCACAUUGAACCUAAAAUUCCUGAUGAACUUACCAUAACCACGAAACUUUGUACAACGAGUAGUGAGAUGGAGAUGGCAAGCACAAGUUCAACAGACGAAUUCUCAUAUUCAUUCAGAGUCAAGUUUCUUCCCCCAAUUGUGUUGACCUGCUCAUUCCCUACAUCUUACCCGAGCCACAAACCUCCACAUUUCAUCAUUUCUGUUCAGUGGUUGGACUCACUUAAAAUUUCCGGUAUGUGUUCUGUGUUGGAUUCCAUGUGGAUGGAACUACAAGGGCAAGAAGUCAUGUACCAAUGGAUCGACUGGCUUCAAACCUCUUCACUUUCUCACCUUGGAAUCCAUCAACAGAUCAUACUUGGUCCUUACGGAAUAAAGCAUGCUGGAGACAGGCGUGCAGUUUCAGAAAGCAUCUCCCCGGAUUCCGACAUUCCCUUACUGAGGAGGUAUAAUGAUGAGAAGAGUGACCCAUCACCUUUUUUUUUUUGGUGUCUGUGUGAUUUCAUUGAACCAGGCGGUGACUUUGUCAGGCUACCAUGUCAGCAUUUCUUCUGCCAGAACUGCAUCUGGACGUAUUCCGACUUGCACGUUUCAGAAGGCACCGUGAAUAAACUCCUCUGCCCGGAGUUGAAAUGCGGGGGGAUGAUACCACCUGGUAUAUUGAAACAGUUGCUCGGCAAUGAAAAAUACGAUCGCUACGAGGCUCUGAUGCUGCAGAAGACGCUGGAUUGUAUGUCGGAUGCUGUGUAUUGCCCGAGAUGUGAAUUCGUUUGCAUUGAAGACGAGGACCAUUUUGCUCAGUGCUCCAAAUGUUAUUUCAACUUUUGCUCUCUUUGCAAUGGUGCACGCCAUGUGGGUGAACCUUGCCUAUCCCCAGAGUCGAAGCUUCAACUAUUGGAGGCGAGCCUCAAGUCACCUUCUCGAAUCACGGGGGCUCAGAGGCGUCUGGAGCUGGAAAAUAAGAUCAACGAAAUCAUGAGCGAGAGGGAGGUGGCUCGUGUUUGCAAGAUUUGCCCACAUUGCAAAAUGGCGAUCUCGAGAAUCGAUGGCUGCAACAAGAUGGUAUGCGGGAGCUGUGGGAAGUACUUCUGUUACCUAUGUAACAAACCCAUUAACGGAUAUGAACACUUCAGGGAUGGUGCCUGUGAGUUAUUCCCAACGGUGUCAUCGGUUCAGCAGCAGUGGCAGGAGCGGACGAAUGGCCGUCAGGCUGUGGGUCGACUCCGAUCUGAACUCAAUCUCGGUCGUGGUCACAAAUGCCCUUUGUGUAGUCAAGAGAAUGUGAAGACGGACAAUAACAAUCACGUAUUAUGCUGGGCGUGCCAGACGCACUACUGUUACUUGUGCCGCAAGGUUGUGAAGCGCAGCAGCGAGCAUUUCGGGCCGAAGAAAUGCAAGCAGCAUACAGAGGGAUAGAGGGUCGAGCGGAUACAAUACACUACUCUAUUUUUGUUAUUGCCCAAUUGUAAUUGAUGUCAUCAUUAGCUCAUUAGCGCCU